CCCAUAUGGUCUUGUUUGUGGGUUAGCAUUUCAUUUAUGUCUCUUAAUAUUUUACUUUUCAUUUAAAACUUUGACCUUUUCAAUUCUAAUUCUCAUAAUUCAAAAAUAACCUCAAUUUUAAAUCAAAAUCCAAACCUUGAGAUCAUCGUUUGCGAGCGCCUGAGACCUUGUUCGUCCCUUGCUCACGAAUGUCGAACCGAAGAACCUAGAUGUGUGCGGUUGUUCCCCUCCCGCCUUGCACCGACUGCACCUCCGACAUCCGGAGCUCAACCCUCUCCCCUCCGCCUCCUUCUCUGCGGCUCCAUGCUCAACCGUCCAUCCUCCGCCCCUGUUCGCUUGGCUACUCUGCUGCUAGUUCAAUACUUGAAUCGCAGCCCGACCCUGCUGGUUUCUGGUUUGGAGGAAGUUGAAGAGAAUCUCGAACUUUUCAAGUCUACCUGGCACGUCUUGGGUAUCACGGUGACAAUUCAAUACACUUGGUAUGCAUAGGUGCUUUGGUGUUAGGCACAUGAUAGAAAAGAAGUAGAUGAUGAUACAAGGCUGAGAAUAUUGAUAAAGAAAGUGUAGACAAAAGAGACACACUUUCUAAAUUGUGUGUUAUGGCGCAAUAUAAAAGGAACAAGAAGCAAGGAGAACAUAUACAAUAGAUGUAAUAUCUAAAUGUAAUAAUUAAACUGUAAUAAGAGAUUCAAUUACAUAUAUGUUCUGAUAUUUUUUAAUGUUGUUUUUGUUUCUCUUUGUUUCAUUGCACUUAGGGUGCUGCUAAGGGCGCCGUUAGGCUUAGGUUUAGGUUAGGGCGCUGCUUAGGGCGCCGUUAGGCUUAGGUUUAGGUUAGGGCGUCGCUUAGGGCGCCGUUAGGCUUAGGUUUAGGUUUGGGCGCUGCUUAGGGCGCCGUUAGGCUUAGGUUUAGGUUAGGGCGCCGCUUAGGGCGCCGUUAGGCUUAGGUUUAGGUUAGGGCGCCGUUAGGUUUAGGUUAGGGCGCUGUUAGGCUUAGGUUUAGGUUAGGGCGCUGUUAGGCUUAGGUUUAGGUUAGGGCACCGCUUAGGGCGCUCUUAGGCUUAGGUUUAGGUUAGGGCGCUGCUUAGGGCGCUGCUUAGGGCGCUGCUAGGGCGGCGUUAGGUUUAGGUUAGGGCUGAGGAAUUUUCUGAGGUGCUACCCCACAUUUAUGGUAAAUUGAGGGUUCAUUAAUCUCCUUGGCAUGCUGCCCUGCUUAUUGCAGGUCAGUCAUUCAUCUUGAUCCCCCUUCAUUUUUUAUUGUAUUCUGAAUCAAGCAUGGUGUUAUUUGUGUCUAAAAUGUAACUCUGUAUUUAUCUUAUGUGUAUAUUUAUCAUCUAAACAUUGUUUGGUUUAACACAAAAUUUGUUUUGAUAGAUUCUGAGUUGAAAGUUGGAGAAAAUGAUGUGUUUUUUGUUCUUGUUUGGUUAGAAAAGUGGGACGAAAUGAAAAAACAUUGUCAGGAUGAUACGUUUAAAAAAUCUCUUCUCAAAUGAUCUCUUCAAGACAAUUUGGAUGAUACGUUUAAAAAAACAUUGUUGUGACGAGACUUGACAAGAAAAACAGAGCAAAACAAUUUGGACUCACUGAAAUAGACAUAUCCACCCUUUGUUUUUACUAUAUAAACAUGUCAUUAUUGAUAGUAAUAUAAUGUCUUCUACUUCUCUCAAUCCAAACAAUUAAAACAUGUACUUACUAUCUCUAAACCCCUACUUCUUUCUUUCCUAUCUUCAUCCAAACAGAGUAUAAGAGUGAAAUUCAAAAUGGAGAAAAAGGUGAGAGGAGAGAAAGCAGUGACAAAUAGAAUAGACUGUGAAUAUUGUUUAUACCAAAAGUAAGGAAAAGAAGAGAAAGAAAUGGUGCCAAUUAUCAAAGAACAAAAAACAUUUUUAGAACACAAUCUCCAUUGAAAUUAAUUGCUAAAGGAAGGGUAAAUUAGGAUAUUAACAAACGAAAUCCUUCAUGAGCUCCUACUUUAUUUGAGCCUGGGUAACUAAAUCACUAAUAUUAGUACACUCUUCAAAUAAGGAAUUGUGUAAACCAGGUAGAUAUAAUAUUAAAUAAAGACGUGUGUACUGUCAGUCCGAUUGAUGAGAAAGCUGAAACUGUGUUAUUGUCUUGUGAGUACUUGGCAGGGAACGGAAGGGUGCAGUGAGUUAGGUUGGUUUAGGGCAUUUUUUGAAAAGAUCAUUUUUUGAAUCUGAUGGGGAAUCCUUCAUGAGCCCCUACUUUAUUUUGCAUCUUCUGUUCCUCAACUGUUCAAGUAAUUGAGACUUAAUGGGGAAAAUAGAACGUCUAUAUACAUAAGUGGUCGGAAGUUAAAUAAAAAAACUUAAGAAAAGAACCAAUCACAAUUUCAAACCUACAACAAGUGCUAUAUAACACUUGCUUUUGAUUCUUGCGAGGCCAAUAACACUUGCUCCUGCAUAUGCAUUCUCGAUUUCAAGUGAGUAAUAAAUUUGCGACCGUUGUAUGUGCAUUGCACUCCAUCCCUGUUAAGUUGAAGUUCCGGAAUGAAAUUGGCUGCCAUCAUCUUUAUUGCGGUCGAUUGCGAGCAAUUGCGCCGUUGUUAUGAAGUAAUAGUGCGUUGUUAGGCUUAGGUUUAGGUUAGGGCGCCGCUUAGGGCGCUGUUAGGCUUAGGUUUAGGUUAGGCGCCGCUUAGGGCGCUGUUAGGCUUAGGUUUAGGUUAGGGCGCCGCUUAGGGCGCUGUUAGGCUUAGGUUUAGGUUAGGGUGCCGCUUAGGGCGCUGCUUAGGGCGCUGUUAGACUUAGGUUUAGGUUAGGGCGCUGCUUAGGGCGGCGCUAGGCUUAGGUUUAGGUUAGGGCCUUAGGGCGUUGAUUAUUAUUUAUGCUGAAGCUGAGAAAUUUUCUAGAGUGGCUGCUACCCCACAUUUAUAGUUAUAGCUUUUGAGAAACCAGAAGGAGUGCCUGCAGUUGGUAAAUUGAGGGUUCAUUAAUCUCCUUGGCAUGCAGCCCUGCUUAUUGCAGGUCAGUCAUUCAUCUUGAUCCCCUCUUCAUUUUUUAUUGUAUUCUGAAUCAAGCAUGGUGUUAUUUGUGUCUAAAAUGUAACGGUCUCUGUAUUUAUCUUAUGUGUAUAUUUAUCACUUAAACAUUGUUUGGUUUAACACAAAAUUUGUUUUGAUAGAUUCUGAGUUGAAAGUUGGAGAAAAUGAUGUGUUUUUUGUCCUUGUUUGGUUAGAAAAGUGGGACGAAAUGAAAAAACAUUGUCAGGAUGAUACGUUUAAAAAAUCUCUUCUCAAAUGAUCUCUUCAAGACAAUUUGGAUGAUACGUUUAAAAAAACAUUGUUGUGAAAAAAAGCAUUCCCGUUUCUGUGCUACUUAGGACGAGACUUGACAAGAAAAACAGAGCAAAACAAUUUGGACUCACUGAAAUAGACAUAUCCACCCUUUGUUUUUACUAUAUAAACAUGUCAUUAUUGAUAGUAAUAUAAUGUCUUCUACUUCUCUCAAUCCAAACAAUUAAAACAUGUACUUACUAUCUCUUAACCCCUACUUCUUUCUUUCCUAUCUUCAUCCAAACAGAGUAUAAGAGUGAAAGUCAAAAUGGAGAAAAAGGUGAGAGGAGAGAAAGCAGUGACAAAUAGAAUAGACUGUGAAUAUUGUUUAUACCAAAAGUAAGGAAAAGAAGAGAAAGAAAUGGUGCCAAUUAUCAAAGAACAAAAAACAUUUUUAGAACACAAUCUCCAUUGAAAUUAAUUGCUAAAGGAAGGGUAAAUUAGGAUAUUAACAAACGAAAUCCUUCAUGAGCUCCUACUUUAUUUGAGCCUGGGUAACUAAAUCACUAAUACUAGUACAAUCUUCAAAUAAGGAAUUGUGUAAACAAGGUAGAUAUAAUAUUAAAUAAAGACGUGUGUACUGUCAGUCCGAUUGAUGAGAAAGCUGAAACUGCGUUAUUGUCUUGUGAGUACUAGGCAGGGAACGGAAGGGUGCAGUGAGUUAGGUUGGUUUAGGGCAUUUUUUGAAAAGAUCAUUUUUUGAAUCUGAUGGGGAAUCCUUCAUGAGCCCUUACUUUAUUUUGCAUCUUCUGUACCUCAACUGUUCAAGUAAUUGAGACUUAAUGGGGAAAAUAGAACGUCUAUAUACAUAAGUGGUCGGAAGUUAAAUAAAAAAACUUAAGAAAAGAACCAAUCACAAUUUCAAACCUACAACAAGUGCUAUAUAACACUUGCUUUUGAUUCUUGCGAGGCCAAUAACACUUGCUCCUGCAUAUGCAUUCUCGAUUUCAAGUGAGUAAUAAAUUUGCGACCGUUGUAUGUGCAUUGCACUGCAUCCCUGUUAAGUUGAAGUUCCGGAAUGAAAUUGGCUGCCAUCAUCUUUAUUGCGGUCGAUUGCGAGCAAUUGCGCCGUUGUUAUGAAGUAAUAGUGCGCUGUUAGGCUUAGGUUUAGGUUAGGGCGCCGCUUAGGGCGCUGUUAGGCUUAGGUUUGGGUUAGGCGCCGCUUAGGGCGCUGUUAGGCUUAGGUUUAGGUUAGGGCGCCGCUUAGGGCGCUGUUAGGCUUAGGUUAGGGCGCUGCUUAGGGCGCUGUUAGGCUUAGGUUUAGGUUAGGGCGCUGCUUAGGGCGGCGUUAGGCUUAGGUUUAGGUUAGGGCCUUAGGGCGUUGAUUAUUAUUAAUGCUGAAGCUGAGGAAUUUUCUGAAGUGGCUGCUACCCCACAUUUAUGGUUAUAGCUUUUGAGAAACCAGAAGGAGUGCCUCCAGUUGGUAAAUUGAGGGUUCAUUAAUCUCCUUGGCAUGCAGCCCUGCUUAUUGCAGGUCAGUCAUUCAUCUUGAUACCCUCUUCAUUUUUUAUUGUAUUCUGAAUGAAGCAUGGUGUUAUUUGUGUCUAAAAUGUAACGGUCUCUGUAAUAUAAUGAACAGAGUAAUAUAAUGUCUUCUACUUCUCUCAAUCCAAACAAUUAAGCAUGGUGUUAUUUGUGUCUAAAAUGUAACGGUCUCUGUAAGCAUGAUAUUUUUCAUUUAGCAAAACAGAGUAAUAUAAUGUCUUCUACUUCUCUCAAUCCAAACAAUUAAAAUGAUACUCUCCAUCCAAUUAUAAUGUCAUUAUUGCGGUCGAUUGCGAGCAAUUGCGCCGGUUUUAUGAAGUAAUAGUGCGCUGUUAGGCUUAGGUUUAGGUUAGGGCACCGCUCAGGGCGCUGUUAGGCUUAGGUUUAGGUUAGGGCGCCGCUUAGGGCGCUGUUAGGCUUAGGUUUAGGUUAGGGCGCCGCUUAGGGCACUGCUUAGGGCGCUGUUAGGCUUAGGUUUAGGUUAGGGCGCUGCUUAGGGCGGCGUUAGGCUUAGGUUUAGGUUAGGGCCUUAGGGCGUUGAUUAUUAUUAAUGCUGAAGCUGAGAAAUUUUCUGAAGUGGCUGCUACCCCACAUUUAUAGUUGUAGCUUUUGAGAAACCAGAAGGAGUGCCUGCAGUUGGUAAAUUGAGGGUUCAUUAAUCUCCUUGGCAUGCAGCCCUGCUUAUUGCAGGUCAGUCAUUCAUGUUGAUACCCUCUUCAUUUUUUAUUGUAUUCUGAAUGAAGCAUGGUGUUAUUUGUGUCUAAAAUGUAACGGUCUCUGUAUUUAUCUUAUGUGUAUAUUUAUCACUUAAACAUUGUUUGGUUUAACACAAAAUUUGUUUUGAUAGAUUCUGAGUUGAAAGUUGGAGAAAAUGAUGUGUUUUUUGUCCUUGUUUGGUUAGAAAAGUGGGACGAAAUGAAAAAACAUUGUCAGGAUGAUACGUUUAAAAAAUCUCUUCUCAAAUGAUCUCUUCAAGACAAUUUGGAUGAUACGUUUAAAAAAACAUUGUUGUGAAAAAAAGCAUUCCCGUUUCUGUGCUACUUAGGACGAGACUUGACAAGAAAAAAGAAGCAAAACAAUUUGGACUCACUGAAAUAGACAUAUCCACCCUUUGUUUUUACUAUAUAAACAUGUCAUUAUUGAUAGUAAUAUAAUGUCUUCUACUUCUCUCAAUCCAAACAAUUAAAACAUGUACUUACUAUCUCUUAACCCCUACUUCUUUCUUUCCUAUCUUCAUCCAAACAGAGUAUAAGAGUGAAAGUCAAAAUGGAGAAAAAGGUGAGAGGAGAGAAAGCAGUGACAAAUAGAAUAGACUGUGAAUAUUGUUUAUACCAAAAGUAAGGAAAAGAAGAGAAAGAAAUGGUGCCAAUUAUCAAAGAACAAAAAACAUUUUUAGAACUCAAUCUCCAUUGAAAUUAAUUGCUAAAGGAAGGGUAAAUUAGGAUAAUUACAAACGAAAUCCUUCAUGAGCUCCUACUUUAUUUGAGCCUGGGUAACUAAAUCACUAAUACUAGUACACUCUUCAAAUAAGGAAUUGUGUAAACCAGGUAGAUAUAAUAUUAAAUAAAGACAUGUGUACUGUCAGUCCGAUUGAUGAGAAAGCUGAAACUGUGUUAUUGUCUUGUGAGUACUUGGCAGGGAACGGAAGGGUGCAGUGAGUUAGGUUGGUUUAGGGCAUUUUUUGAAAAGAUCAUUUUUUGAAUCUGAUGGGGAAUCCUUCAUGAGCCCCUACUUUAUUUUGCAUCUUCUGUUCCUCAACUGUUCAAGUAAUUGAGACUUAAUGGGGAAAAUAGAACGUCUAUAUACAUAAGUGGUCGGAAGUUAAAUAAAAAAACUUAAGAAAAGAACCAAUCACAAUUUCAAACCUACAACAAGUGCUAUAUAACACUUGCUUUUGAUUCUUGCGAGGCCAAUAACACUUGCUCCUGCAUAUGCAUUCUCGAUUUCAAGUGAGUAAUAAAUUUGCGACCGUUGUAUGUGCAUUGCACUGCAUCCCUGUUAAGUUGAAGUUCCGGAAUGAAAUUGGCUGCCAUCAUCUUUAUUGCGGUCGAUUGCGAGCAAUUGCGCCGGUUUUAUGAAGUAAUAGUGCGCUGUUACGCUUAGGCUUAGGUUAGGGCGCCGCUUAGGGCGCUGUUAGGCUUAGGUUUAGGUUAGGGCGCCGCUUAGGGCGCUGCUUAGGGCGCUGUUAGGCUUAGGUUUAGGUUAGGGCGCUGCUUAGGGCGGCGUUAGGCUUAGGUUUAGGUUAGGGCCUUAGGGCGUUGAUUAUUAUUAAUGCUGAAGCUGAGGAAUUUUCUGAAGUGGCUGCUACCCCACAUUUAUAGUUAUAGCUUUUGAGAAACCAGAAGGAGUGCCUGCAGUUGGUAAAUUGAGGGUUCAUUAAUCUCCUUGGCAUGCAGCCCUGCUUAUUGCAGGUCAGUCAUUCAUCUUGAUCCCCUCUUCAUUUUUUAUUGUAUUCUGAAUCAAGCAUGGUGUUAUUUGUGUCUAAAAUGUAACGGUCUCUGUAUUUAUCUUAUGUGUAUAUUUAUCACUUAAACAUUGUUUGGUUUAACACAAAAUUUGUUUUGAUAGAUUCUGAGUUGAAAGUUGGAGAAAAUGAUGUGUUUUUUGUCCUUGUUUGGUUAGAAAAGUGGGACGAAAUGAAAAAACAUUGUCAGGAUGAUACGUUUAAAAAAUCUCUUCUCAAAUGAUCUCUUCAAGACAAUUUGGAUGAUACGUUUAAAAAAACAUUGUUGUGAAAAAAAGCAUUCCCGUUUCUGUGCUACUUAGGACGAGACUUGACAAGAAAAACAGAGCAAAACAAUUUGGACUCACUGAAAUAGACAUAUCCACCCUUUGUUUUUACUAUAUAAACAUGUCAUUAUUGAUAGUAAUAUAAUGUCUUCUACUUCUCUCAAUCCAAACAAUUAAAACAUGUACUUACUAUCUCUUAACCCCUACUUCUUUCUUUCCUAUCUUCAUCCAAACAGAGUAUAAGAGUGAAAGUCAAAAUGGAGAAAAAGGUGAGAGGAGAGAAAGCAGUGACAAAUAGAAUAGACUGUGAAUAUUGUUUAUACCAAAAGUAAGGAAAAGAAGAGAAAGAAAUGGUGCCAAUUAUCAAAGAACAAAAAACAUUUUUAGAACACAAUCUCCAUUAAAAUUAAUUGCUAAAGGAAGGGUAAAUUAGGAUAUUAACAAACGAAAUCCUUCAUGAGCUCCUACUUUAUUUGAGCCUGGGUAACUAAAUCACUAAUACUAGUACACUCUUCAAAUAAGGAAUUGUGUAAACGAGGUAGAUAUAAUAUUAAAUAAAGACGUGUGUACUGUCAGUCCGAUUGAUGAGAAAGUUGAAACUGUGUUAUUGUCUUGUGAGUACUUGGCAGGGAACGGAAGGGUGCAGUGAGUUAGGUUGGUUUAGGGCAUUUUUUGAAAAGAUCAUUUUUUGAAUCUGAUGGGGAAUCCUUCAUGAGCCCCUACUUUAUUUUGCAUCUUCUGUUCCUCAACUGUUCAAGUAAUUGAGACUUAAUGGGGAAAAUAGAACGUCUAUAUACAUAAGUGGUCGGAAGUUAAAUAAAAAAACUUAAGAAAAGAACCAAUCACAAUUUCAAACCUUCAACAAGUGCUAUAUAACACUUGCUUUUGAUUCUUGCGAGGCCAAUAACACUUGCUCCUGCAUAUGCAUUCUCGAUUUCAAGUGAGUAAUAAAUUUGCGACCGUUGUAUGUGCAUUGCACUGCAUCCCUGUUAAGUUGAAGUUCCGGAAUGAAAUUGGCUGCCAUCAUCUUUAUUGCGGUCGAUUGCGAGCAAUUGCGCCGUUGUUAUGAAGUAAUAGUGCGCUGUUAGGCUUAGGUUUAGGUUAGGGCGCUGUUUGGCUUAGGGUUUAGGUUAGGGCGCCGCUUAGGGCGCUGUUAGGCUUAGGUUUAGGUUAGGGCGCCGCUUAGGGCGCUGUUAGGCUUAGGUUUAGGUUAGGGCGGCGUUAGGCUUAGGUUUAGGUUAGGGCCUUAGGGCAUUGAUUAUUAUUAAUGCUGAAGCUGAGGAAUUUUCUGAAGUGGCUGCUACCCCACAUUUAUAGUUAUAGCUUUUGAGAAACCAGAAGGAGUUCCUGCAGUUGGUAAAUUGAGGGUUCAUUAAUCUCCUUGGCAUGCAGCCCUGCUUAUUGCAGGUCAGUCAUUCAUCUUGAUCCCCUCUUCAUUUUUUAUUGUAUUCUGAAUCAAGCAUGGUGUUAUUUGUGUCUAAAAUGUAACGGUCUCUGUAUUUAUCUUAUGUGUAUAUUUAUCACUUAAACAUUGUUUGGUUUAACACAAAAUUUGUUUUGAUAGAUUCUGAGUUGAAAGUUGGAGAAAAUGAUGUGUUUUUUGUCCUUGUUUGGUUAGAAAAGUGGGACGAAAUGAAAAAACAUUGUCAGGAUGAUACGUUUAAAAAAUCUCUUCUCAAAUGAUCUCUUCAAGACAAUUUGGAUGAUACGUUUAAAAAAACAUUGUUGUGAAAAAAGCAUUCCCGUUUCUGUGCUACUUAGGACGAGACUUGACAAGAAAAACAGAGCAAAACAAUUUGGACUCACUGAAAUAGACAUAUCCACCCUUUGUUUUUACUAUAUAAACAUGUCAUUAUUGAUAGUAAUAUAAUGUCUUCUACUUCUCUCAAUCCAAACAAUUACAACAUGUACUUACUAUCUCUUAACCCCUACUUCUUUCUUUCCUAUCUUCAUCCAAACAGAGUAUAAGAGUGAAAGUCAAAAUGGAGAAAAAGGUGAGAGGAGAGAAAGCAGUGUCAAAUAGAAUAGACUGUGAAUAUUGUUUAUACCAAAAGUAAGGAAAAGAAAAGAAAGAAAUGGUGCCAAUUAUCAUAGAACAAAAAACAUUUUUAGAACACAAUCUCCAUUGAAAUUAAUUGCUAAAGGAAAGGUAAAUUAGUAUAUUAACAAACGAAAUCCUUCAUGAGCUCCUACUUAGGGCGCUGUUAGGCUUAGGUUUAGGUUAGGGCGCCGCUUAGGGCGCUGUUAGGCUUAGGUUUAGGUUAGGGCGCCACUUAGGGCGCUGUUAGGCUUAGGUGUAGGUUAGGGCGCUGCUUAGGGCGGCGUUAGGCUUAGGUUUAGGUUAGGGCCUUAGGGCGUUGAUUAUUAUUAAUGCUGAAGCUGAGGAAUUUUCUGAAGUGGCUGCUACCCCACAUUUAUAGUUAUAGCUUUUGAGAAACCAGAAGGAGUGCCUGCUGUUGGUAAAUUGAGGGUUCAUUAAUCUCCUUGGCAUGCAGCCCUGCUUAUUGCAGGUCAGUCAUUCAUCUUGAUCCCCUCUUCAUUCUUUAUUGUAUUCUGAAUCAAGCAUGGUGUUAUUUGUGUCUAAAAUGUAACGGUCUCUGUAUUUAUCUUAUGUGUAUAUUUAUCACUUAAACAUUAUUUGUUUUAACAAAAAAUUUGUUUUGAUAGAUUCUGAGUUGAAAGUUGGAGAAAAUGAUGUAUUUUUGUCCUUGUUUGGUUAGAAAAGUGGGACGAAAUGAAAAAACAUUGUCAGGAUGAUACAUUUAAAAAAUCUCAUCUCAAAUGAUCUCUUCAAGACAAUUUGGAUGAUACGUUUAAAAAAACAUUGUUGUGAAAAAAAGCAUUCCCGUUUCUGGUGCUACUUAGGACGAGACUUGACAAGAAAAACAGAGCAAAACAAUUUAGACUCACUGAAAUAGACAUAUCUACGCUUUGUUUUUACUAUAUAAACAUGUCAUUAUUGAUAGUAAUAUAAUGUCUUCUACUUCUCUCAAUCCAAACAAUUAAAACAUGUACUUACUAUCUCUUAACCCCUACUUCUUUCUUUCCUAUCUUCAUCCAAACAGAGUAUAAGAGUGAAAGUCAAAAUGGAGAAAAAGGUGAGAGGAGAGAAAGCAGUGACAAAUAGAAUAGACUGUGAAUAUUGUUUAUACCAAAAGUAAGGAAAAGAAGAGAAAGAAAUGGUGCCAAUUAUCAAAGAACAAAAAACAUUUUUAGAACACAAUCUCCAUUGAAAUUAAUUGCUAAAGGAUGGGUAAAUUAGGAUAAUUACAAACGAAAUCCUUCAUGAGCUCCUACUUUAUUUGAGCUUGGGUAACUAAAUCACUAAUACUAGUACACUCUUCAAAUAAGGAAUUGUGUAAACAAGGUAGAUAUAAUAUUAAAUAAAGACAUGUGUACUGUCAGUCCGAUUGAUGAGAAAGCUGAAACUGUGUUAUUGUCUUGUGAGUACUUGGCAGGGAACGGAAGGGUGCAGUGAGUUAGGUUGGUUUAGGGCAUUUUUUGAAAAGAUCAUUUUUUGAAUCUGAUGGGGAAUCCUUCAUGAGCCCCUACUUUAUUUUGCAUCUUCUGUUCCUCAACUGUUCAAGUAAUUGAGACUUAAUGGGGAAAAUAGAACGUCUAUAUACAUAAGUGGUCGGAAGUUAAAUAAAAAAACUUAAGAAAAGAACCAAUCACAAUUUCAAACCUACAACAAGUGCUAUAUAACACUUGCUUUUGAUUCUUGCGAGGCCAAUAACACUUGCUCCUGCAUAUGCAUUCUCGAUUUCAAGUGAGUAAUAAAUUUGCGACCGUUGUAUGUGCAUUGCACUGCAUCCCUGUUAAGUUGAAGUUCCGGAAUGAAAUUGGCUGCCAUCAUCUUUAUUGCGGUCGAUUGCGAGCAAUUGCGCCGGUUUUAUGAAGUAAUAGUGCGUUGUUAGGCUUAGGCUUAGGUUAGGGCGCCGCUUAGGGCGCUGUUAGGCUUAGGUUUAGGUUAGGGCGCCGCUUAGGGCGCUGUUAGGCUUAGGUUUAGGUUAGGGCGCCGCUUAGGGCGCUGCUUAGGGCGCUGUUAGGCUUAGGUUUAGGUUAGGGCACUGCUUAGGGCGGCGUUAGGCUUAGGUUUAGGUUAGGGCCUUAGGGCGUUGAUUAUUAUUAAUGCUGAAGCUGAGGAAUUUUCUGAAGUGGCUGCUACCCCACAUUUAUAGUUAUAGCUUUUGAGAAACCAGAAGGAGUGCCUGCAGUUGGUAAAUUGAGGGUUCAUUAAUCUCCUUGGCAUGCAGCCCUGCUUAUUGCAGAUCAUCGUUUGCGAGCGCCUGAGACCUUGUUCGUCCCUUGCUCACGAAUGUCGAACCGAAGAACCUAGAUGUGUGCGGUUGUUCCCCUCCCGCCUUGCACCGACUGCACCUCCGACAUCCGGAGCUCAACCCUCUCCCCUCCGCCUCCUUCUCUGCGGCUCCAUGCUCAACCGUCCAUCCUCCGCCCCUGUUCGCUUGGCUACUCUGCUGCUAGUUCAAUACUUGAAUCGCAGCCCGACCCUGCUGGUUUCUGGUUUGGAGGAAGUUGAAGAGAAUCUCGAACUUUUCAAGUCUACCUGGCACGUCUUGGGUAUCACGGUGACAAUUCAAUACACUUGGUAUGCAUAGGUGCUUUGGUGUUAGGCACAUGAUAGAAAAGAAGUAGAUGAUGAUACAAGGCUGAGAAUAUUGAUAAAGAAAGUGUAGACAAAAGAGACACACUUUCUAAAUUGUGUGUUAUGGCGCAAUAUAAAAGGAACAAGAAGAACAUAUACAAUAUAUGUAAUAUCUAAAUGUAAUAAUUAAACUGUAAUAAGAGAUUCAAUUACAUAUAUGUUCUGAUAUUUUUAUAUGUUGUUUUUGUUUCUCUUUGUUGCCUUGCACUUGUUGCUUUUU